ACCAUCCUUUUCUUUUCUCUCUCUCUCUCUACAGUCUACAACCUUUAAUAGUUUUCUAUAUACAAAAGCAAAGAAGCAAAGCAUCUCUUCUCGCUCCUCCACAUUGUUUUGCUUUCCCUUGCAAGUUUCAAUUCAACCUUUUCUUUUUGCUUACAGUUCUUAGCUGCUUCUUUUUUUCCUUUAUAGGCUGAUCCACAUACAAUUAACAUUGUCGGUGUUCUAUCUUUUUGUGUGAAAUCCAUCCAAAGCCUGAAAUCUCCACCUUAUCCGAUAAUUAAACGUUUAGUUAAUGUGGCUAAAAUGGGUCAAGAGACUUCAACCUUUUAGUUUUCCCUGGCCCAAAACUUUUGCAGCUGUUCCUAGUUUGAAAUGCAUGAAAAAUCACUAUCAUGUGUACUUUCUCGUUAGGCCCCACUUUUGAUCACAGAGAACAAGUUUAAUAUAUAGCUUCCAAUUCUCUUAAGGUCAUUGUUAUAUUCUAUUUGUUUUGUUCUUCAAUAGCAUUGGAGGGAUUUUUCUAAGGAGAAGCAGAACAACCCCAUCUCCCUCUCCACUUACCUUUGAGAGAAUCUGAAGUAACGAAAUGAGGUUCGUCACAGGCUCUCCAAAAGGCACGUGGGAACCCAUCAUCACUGCAGAUACAACCACACAGAGUUACUGGUUGAAUUGGAGGGUCUUGGUUUGUGUCAUUUGGGUUCUGCUUUCAGCUAUCUUUUCUUCAUUGAUUAUAUUGAAGUAUGAAGUUUCGUGGAAGGCAACAGGAAAUGAUAACAAGGAAGGCCAGAGAGAAACAGCUACAAGAAAUGAUGACCAGAAAGAAACAUCCUCGACUUUGUAUGAGGAUGAAAUUUGGAGGCCUUGUUUGAAAGGAAUUCACCCUGUCUGGUUACUGGGGUUUAGAGUUUUUGCAUUUGUUGUGCUUUUGGUGCUUCUCAUACUGACAGCUACUGCUGACGGAGGAAGCAUUUUCUACUUUUACACUGAGUGGACUUUUGCUGCAGUCACCAUUUACUUUGGGCUGGGAUCUUUGCUCUCCAUGCAUGGUUGUUACCAGCAUCUUAAAAAAGCCAGUGGUGACAAGGUUGGAAAUGUUGAUGGAGAUGCAGAGCAAGGAAUUUCUGAUACUCCUACAACCCCCCAGUGUUCUAAUCCAUCAAACAAUGACAAAGGAUUAGGAACUCCACAAGAACAUCUUGUUCGCCAACCUGCGGGCAUCUGGGGUUAUAUCUUUCAAAUAAUAUUCCAGAUAAUUGCAGGUGCUGUAAUGCUCACAGAUUGUGUGUUUUGGUUCAUAAUUGUUCCGUUUCUAACCAUCAAAGAUUACCACAUAAAUUUGCUAAUAAUCAGUAUGCACACCAUCAAUGCUGUUUUCCUGCUAGGUGACACGGCUUUAAAUUCCUUGAGGUUCCCUUGGUUUCGAAUAGGAUACUUUUUCAUGUGGACAAUUACAUAUGUGAUUUUCCAGUGGAUUGUUCAUUCCAUAGUUAAACUCUGGUGGCCAUAUCCAUUUCUUGAUUUGUCCUCCUCGUAUGCUCCACUGUGUUACUUUUCGAUGGCAUUAUUGCAUAUUCCGUGCUAUGGCAUAUUCGCUUUGAUGAUGAAGCUGAAACACAGCGUGUUGUCCACGCGGUACCCUGACUCGUACCUAUAUGUGAGAUGAGUUCGAUUUUCAGAACAUAAAUUUUGUGGUAGAAAA